UUAAUAACAAGAUAAGCUAUGCUGGUAAUCACAUCACGAUCAAAUAAAUGCAAUCAUAAUUACUUGCCUUCAUUAUUCAUAUUGUUAUCUGAGUCGAUACGCGAUCGCUACCUUUUCGCCUCUUUGUUAAAAAUCCAGUAUUAUUGAACUUUAUUGUUGGUUGUAAACGGAUACAAAUGUUUUUAUUGUUACUGCAAUAUUUUUUUGUUACCGUCACAGCGUCCGUGAUAUUUGAGGACUGCGGGUCGGCGUACGAGUUACACGAAGUGAAAAUAAAUGGAUGCGGUAGACGACUCCCAUGCUACAUCACUCUCGGGGAUCAUGUUCCCGUUACAAUGCAUUUUGUUUCUGAGUUCGAGUCCCGUAAGCUGGAUCAAGAUGUAUUUUUAAACAUUAACUUUAUAACUCUAAGAACUUACGCUACACCAGAGCCGUGUGCAACAGUUCAUUGCCCAGUAAGGUCUGAUGCCGUGACGUCAUACACCAGUGUGAUGACAGUGCCGACUAAUGUCGCUGUGAACCAGCGAGGAUUCCUGCAGUGGAAGGUGUAUAAUGAUGAAGAUAGAUUAGUUUUGUGCUAUUCAGUAUUAGUACAAACACAAACUCCCUUACAAAAAUAUCUUCGCACUUUCAAUAUUGAAUCGAGAGAUAAUAUUUCUUACCAGAAAAUCAACAAUGUUAUUAGAAAUAAUUGGAAUGUAACACAAAUAUGAUAUGCAAAAAAAAACUUAGCAGAUCUCAUUAUAAAAA